GGAUCCCCCCAUUGGGAUCUGCUGCAGCUGCUCUUGGGGGGACAGGGAAGGGGCCCUAUGGCCAGGCAGGGGGCGCAGCUGUGUGUGCAAUGGGUGCAGGGGCUGGAGUUGCGGGGGAGGUUGUAGGAACUGGGGUGGGUGGGAAUGUCCUUCCUGGGGGGGGGGGGGUCGGGGGCGGAGUCACUGCGAGGUUUAAAGCGCAGCAGGUCAGAGCCCCGCAGAAGCUGGGGAGGCUCCGGGCGCGGAUGGUCGCUGCUGAGCCGAUCGGCUGGAGAGUCCAGAGCAGGGUGUGCGGGGAGCCAGGGCCAGGACCCCCGCCCCAGCUCGGCUUCGCUGCUGCUGAAUCUCAGACCCAGUCACAGGGAGGAGCCGACCCCAGCCCAGCGUCUCCAGCAGCGUGUGCAGCCCGAGUGUCGCUGAGAGAGACGAUGGGGCCAGCAGCUGGACCUGCUGGGAGCGAAGAGCCGCAGCAGCAGUGCCAUGGUGAGGACAAUGGACGCUUGGAGCCUGGAGGGGAGCCAGGUAAUGGGGUGUCGCUGCCUGGGAACAGGCUGAAGAGAGACACUGAGGCUGCCCCACAUGGGGCCAGGCUCUCAGUGGCAGCAGCCAGUGCCCAGCAACCCCCCGUCUGUGGGCAGCAGGGACUGGAUCACCCCCAGGGGCUCUCAGGGCACCGAUCCCCGGCUCACAGCUGCUGUCUGGCGCACACAGCGGGGGCCGUGCAGGACCCUCCUGGUCUGGGUGUGUCAGACCCCCUGUGA